CCUUUUCCUCUUUUCUUUUCUCUUCACUGGUUAUUCUUGCCUUUUUAUUCCUUGCUUGUCUUCUCUUGCUCUCCUUGCUGCUUGUCGUUAUUAUCUAUUAGCAUCCGAUUGCUCUAAUUGGUUUAUGGCAUAGCUGGACUGCGCGGAAAGAUGCUUAACGGUACUGGGAUCAAAAUCUUCAGCGGUACUAGCCACCCGGAGCUAGCAGAAAUCAUUGCCAGACGGCUAGGAAUCCCGCUUUCGAAGGCGCAUAUAUCUCGUUCCGGUAUCGGCGAGACCCAAGUCCGCAUAGCUGAAUCCGUCCGCUCCGACGAUGUGUACAUUAUUACCUCUCCGUCGCCCUCCAUUACCCCGUCCGCGACCUCGGUCAACACGGCUCUUAUGGAGUUGUGUAUCAUGAUCCACGCCUGCAAGAUCGCGAGCGCGAAGCGAAUUACGGCGGUCCUGCCUUUAUUUAUGUACGCUAGACAAGACAAGAAGGACAAGAGCCGCGCACCUAUUACGGCCAAGCUGGUCGCGAACAUGAUACAAAAGAGCGGCUGCGACCAUGUCAUUACCAUGGAUCUGCAUGCCUCACAAAUACAGGGAUUCUUCGACGUCCCGGUUGACAAGUUGUACGCGGAACCGUCGGCCAUUUUAUACAUCCGUUCCCACUUCGACACGAAGGAUGUGGUAAUCGUGUCACCAGACGCAGGUGGCGCGAAGCGUGCUACUUCGAUGGCAGAUCGGCUAGGCGUUGACUUCGCACUCUUCCACAAAGAGAGGAAGAAGGCGAACGAAGUAUCCCGGAUGGUGCUUGUCGGAAGCGCUACUGGCAAGGUUGCUAUUCUGGUCGACGACAUGGCUGAUACCUGCGGCACGCUGUGUUUGGCAGCGCAGCAUCUUGCAGAAGCCGGUGCUUCGAGAAUCUAUGCGAUCGUCACGCAUGGGAUUCUCAGCGGGAACGCGCUACAGAGGCUGGAGGAGAGUGUGCUGGAGAAGCUGGUGGUGACGAACACGCUGCCGCAGGCGGAGAACCAGCAACGGUGCAGCAAGAUAGAGGUGAUAGACAUUGGCAACGUGCUAGGCGAGGUGAUCAGAAGGAGUCACUACGGGGAGAGCGUCUCGAAGCUGUUUGACGAGGUGCCAUACUAGACGUCAGGGUAGGAUGGAAGAUUACGGGAUAAAAGGCCUAUAUGGACUUAGCGGAUGGCCGUGUACUUUAAUCGAGGAUCUUCCGCUGAUGGGGGGAGACAGACAUGAUGGAAUAGAUGACUAAACGGGCGAGGCCAGA